AUGUACAGUAUCUGGUAGUUGUUGUUGUGGUUGUUGUUAUAGUGGUAGUGGUGGCAAGAUCCCAGGAAUUUACGGACGUGCAGGCAAUGUCGUGAACGUGGGGAGCGCGGGGCAAGCUUGACAACCCUAAUAUCCCGAACUCCUUUAUUAUUCCGAGUUCCUUGGAGUUUGCCAGUCGCUGUUUAGAUCUUGACGAGUGCAUUUCAUUUCAACAUCUCCAACCGCAGGAGCCGCAGCAGCGCCCCGCAAAAGGAGCAGAGCAAGAACGAACUCAUUCAAGUAAGGACAAGUUCCUCGGCUUCAAGUCGUCCCUGUUCUCAGAUUUUCUGCUAUGGUGUAAAACCUGCUUUCUGGUUCUCCUGAAGACAAAUCAUUUGCGCCAACCUUUGGCCAUGAUUCUUUCCAAGUACCAGCCACUGUCCUUCCCUCUCUUCUUUUUGGCCGUUGGGGCCAUUUCUCAAGUCCACGCGCGCUCUCAGGAUGAAGUCCAUCCUUACGGAUACGCGGACUUUGUGGAGACCCUAGCGGGACCCUCAGAUGCCAUAGCUUCGUCUGAAUCUCAAGUUCGAAGCGUCCGUGUGCCAUUUCAUCAGCCUCCUUCUGUUGCCUCCAAUGGGAAGUUGAUCCCGGAAUCUGGGUGGCUUCCGAUUACGCCACCCUUCCAAUCGUCACCAGCUCAAGCAACAGAAAAAGAGCUAUUGCAGCCUUCACCAUCAAUCUUGAGCCACUCGGUGGCCAACAAAGGUGGAUACGAAAGAGUGAAGAGUAAGGCCAAUGUCCAAGAUCGCUCUCAGGCACCUCCCAUCACCGUGUUCCCCAAUGACACGAUCGUCAUUCAUUACGAGACGGUGGCGUUCGCCCCUAAUACUGUGCACACCUCCUCAAAUCCUAAACGCGAUGAACGAGCCACAAUUCCCGGGGCUGGCACCUUGGAAAAUCGGAUCAACUUGAUCAUCAACAACAAGAACUGUAUCGGAAUCGAUGUGCCUGAACUUCUCACUGAUCUCUUGCGUUCUCCACUUCGCGUGAGGAACCAAAUCCUGGAUUUGCUCCAAUCCAGAACCUCUGCUCAAUCAGGGGGCUCUCAAAUUCGCUCCUCCAAGAGCAUUGGAGUUGGGAACAAAAAUAACAACAACAACAACAACAACAACAAACAAAAAAGCAAUGAGAUGCCCUUAACGGUUGCGAAAGAAGUGGUCCAUCAACAGUUUUCCAACUUCCCAAAUUUUCAAAGAGUUCAACAAGAAAAAGAUAGUUCAAACAACGAAGGUGCCUUACUCGGAGGAUUCGUUGCAAACACCAACGUUAAUACCGAAAGCAAUAAAAAUAACAACAACCACAAAAAUGCUCAACAGCUCAGUCACCAAGAGGCUGUCGAGUCGGACAGAAUUCGCAUGGAGGAAGAACGAAAAAAGGUUCAACUGGCUGCCCAAAAGCGAAAAGCGGAACAACGUCGUCGUGAAGAAGAGCAAAGAAGGCAACGGGAACGCAAAAAGCAGGAACAGAAACGGGAACAAGAGAGGAAGAGGAAGGAAGAAGAAGCCCGAACCAGGCGAGAGGAGCAAAGACGGAAGGAGGAACUUGAACGCAGACGGGUGGACGAGCAGCGCCGACAGGAGGAACAACAACGAAGGGCCAAGCAGAUACAGAAACAGCAAGCCAACAAACAAGGCGGAGGUUCCAAUGUGCCAAAUGUGCCCGAGAAAAAGGUCAACCAACGUCCCAAAGCUUUUCCCAUUGAAAAGUUCCUGGAACGCUAUCCCGAGGUGAGACGCGUGUCUUCUCGAUUUGGCGAGAACAAGGUGGGACCAGUUGGUACAGGUAUUCCCUCCACCACUGAAACUGCCCCAGAAUCACGGCAAAUCAACAACAGCAAUAAUAACAACAGAAACAACAACAACAACAGAAAUAACAGAAAUAACAACAAUAAUAAUAAUAAUAAAAAUAACAAUAAGCGUCCAUCCAAGAGGAAAAAUAACCGAAAGCCGAAUGGUAAUAAUCAACGGAACAAUCGUCGACCUCAGCAAAAUAGAAAGCCUAACGGAAAUCGGUCUUCGAAUAGAGGUGGGCAAAAGAGCACCACUCUUGCCGCCCCAGUUUUCCAAAUCACUCAGACGACACUGUCAACUACACAUGCCGCAGUAGUUACCACCUCUCUCCCCGCCACGCCCCCUCCCAAUCGACAACCGAAACGCAUUCAACAAACUCAACCUGUCACUGACAAUGGACCGAUCGGAAUAACUCAAGCAGUUGGAGCGGCUCCCCUUGAUUUCAUUUAUGGAGAGGACGGUGAGCUGAGCAGUGACGAAUAUAGCUAUCUAUACUAUGAAGAUUACUACGAAGAGUUGGUUCCGGAGCAUCAUCGAUUUGAUGAACUCAAUGCGGAGGAAGAAGCCAGUAGUCCUCAGCCGGUCGAGUUUGCCACUCGAGCAUCCGUUGGGCAGAAUAACAAUCAAGUGUUCCAAGCACAGACCCAAGACUCUUCGAAUGGUCGAAUCUUUCCCAAUUUCCCUCCCUCUCCCAAUGCGAACAAACCCAUUAAGGUGAUUGUUUCCACAACCACUCAGACUCCCAUCCCCAUUGUUACGAGGGCGCCUCCCCCCGUGAGGCCUAUCACCACCCGUGCCCCACCUCCUCCCGUCCAACCUGUCGCCUCUGUUGCGGUUGAAGAUAGCACUGCCGUUCAGUCCGGACCAUUUGGUUAUCCGGAUAAGGGGGCCUUCUUCAGUGAUGCUGACAUGACCAUCUUUCCCAGUCAAAUUGAAGUCAUUUACCAGGGUUUCGUUUGGGCCAUGAAAGUCGGCUACCCCGUAGCCAAUGGAGGUCGCAUGCAUGGAGGAGUGCACACAAUCCUCAAGGACAAGGUCAAGAGAGAGGUCGUUCGUCUGAAGGAUGACUACAUUAUUCGAGUGUCUGGACGCGCCUCUCCCUACAACAUCAACCGCCUCACAUUCUACACAGCCAAGGGAAAGAAGUACGGUCCUUGGGGUGAGAGACGAAGCGACGAUUCCGUAGACUUUGACGUGUCUGCUCCCCCUGGCCAAGGGUUGGCUUACCUUUCCGGUACCGUGGACUUUGGUGUCCCAGUGAGAUCGAUCAGCAUGCAUUGGAGACCGUUGCCAGUUGCCUCAACUGCGUAAGCAAGAUUAGUAGCUAGUCCAAGUAGAUAAUUCAUGCCUUAUGUCGUCAGAAUUGUUAUUCGUUUCACCCAAUAAAUAACCGUACUUUGAGAGUACGGGAAGUAUAAUAAAACGUGGUUUGGAAGAGCA